GUUCAUUUCGGUCCUCCUGCCUGUUUUGUCGGUUGCACGAUGGCGCGAAGCGUGACGUAGAGCGGGAAAAAAUGAGAGCAAAGCCAACUUGUGAUAGUGCUGCAAUAAACGCUGAUAGCGGGAUUCGGUGGAGAGGCUCCGCUCGAGAGUCAGUUGAGCUGUUGUCUCUCGUCUGAGAUCAUCUCGCCCUUGAAUUCUCCUCACACGCACAAUCACCAGUGAAAUGGCGAAGGAUAAUCUGACUGCGGUCCUGCACGGCAUCAACGAUUUGCGCCUGGAGCAGAAGCCCAUUCCAGAAAUCAAGGACAAUGAGGUCCUGCUGGAGAUGGACUGCGUGGGAAUCUGCGGAUCGGACGUGCACUACCUGGUGGAGGGACGCAUCGGGCACUUCGUGGUGGAGCAGCCCAUGAUUAUGGGCCACGAGGCAUCGGGAGUGGUCGCGAAGCUGGGCAAGAGCGUCAAGACGCUGAAGGUCGGCGAUCGCGUGGCCAUCGAGCCGGGAGUCGCGUGUCGCGAGUGCCAGUUGUGCAAGGAAGGUCGCUACAAUUUGUGUCCAGAGAUGAUCUUCUGCGCCACGCCGCCUUGUCACGGGAAUCUCACUAGAUUCUACGCUCACGCGGCGGACUUCUGCUUCAAGCUGCCCGAGCACGUGACAAUGGAGGAGGGCGCUCUGCUGGAGCCUCUCUCCGUGGGCGUGCACGCGUGCCGACGCGGGAACGUCGGCAUCGGCUCAGAAGUGCUCAUCCUGGGCGCCGGGCCCAUUGGCCUGGUGACCGUGCUCACGGCCAAGGCCAUGGGAGCGUCGAAAGUCGUGAUCACGGACUUGCUGCCACAGCGACUGGCGGUAGCGAAGGAUUUGGGGGCGGAUUUCACUUACCUGGUGGAGAAGAAUGUCUCUGAGGAGGAGAACGUGCGCAGGAUUCACAAGCUGCUCGGUUCGCAGCCGGACAAGGCGGUGGAUUGCAGUGGGGCACAGGCCACGGCCAGACUCGCGAUGUUGGCCACAAGGAGCGGAGGAUGCGUGGUUAUCGUGGGACUGGGUCAGGCUGAGGUCACGCUGCCGCUGGUGAACGCUGCCACUCGUGAGGUGGACAUCCGUGGAGUCUUCCGAUACAGCAACGAUUACUCAGCUGCCCUGGCGCUUGUGGCGAGUGGGAAAGUUCCUGGGCUGAAGAAGCUCGUGACUCACCAUUUUGACAUUACUGAGACCCUGAAGGCCUUCGAGACGUCGCGCUACGGCCACGGGAAUGCCAUCAAAGUGAUGAUCCACUGCCAGAAGAGGGACAAGAACAACGCGAGUAAAUUUUGAAUAAAGUCUACUUCUGAUUGAUGA